UUGUUAUUUAGUUGUUAGGCACGAUGGCUAGCAUAGUUACAUAACAUAUGCAUUUUUGGAUCCUACAUCGACGGUGAAUGACACAACUUAAAAUCUACAUCCUGGGAACACAUAGGCAGUACACAAAAGACCAGAUAUGGGUAAUUGGUUUAGCAGACAAGGUGAACAGCAACAGUUAAUCGGACCAAAUCACCAAUUUGGAAAAGCUGUGGAGCUACCCGGAAGACUAUAUAAGUUCACCGGCUACGUUCUGAAGUUCAUUGCAUGUAUAUGUAUCUAUGCCUGCUGUCGUUGGUUUAAAGAGAGUUUGUUGAAGUGUUGUAGAAGGCCAAUUUGUAAAGCUGUAAAAACUGAAUGCUUUGCAAGUAUUGGAUCUUCCGUAACGUUGCGAUGUGAAGUUGAAUAUGCAGAAAAUGCAGUGUGGCAAUGUCCAAAAUCCAAAGUGAAAGGAACUAUCAUAGGUAAACGCUGCUCCCUGAAGAUUGAAUGUGUGGAUGAAGAAUCAAAAGGGGAAUACAUCUGCAAGGUGGGAUGGUGUACCAGUGAAACAAUAACAUUGCGUAUUCUGAGGCCGGAAGAAAUUCAAGCCUUUGAAAACGAUAUUGUACAAUUUGAGCUUCCAACACCAACACAAGGCAAAGAGUAUAAAUGGACAUAUCUAAGCGAGAUUUCCCCAGAGGUAGACAUCACAAACGAAAUCAGUGACGAAAUCGAUAACAGUAAACUCACGAUAACACAUUGUGGAAAGAAGGUCGAAGGCACGUACAUAUGCAAAGAUAAGGAGACGGACGAACAACUUGCAGCGUACCAUCUGAAAACAAAGUACAAAGUGAAAGAAACAAAGUACAAAGUGAAAGUUGAUUUUAGGUUUUUCUCAAAACCUGAAGAUGAAGAGUUCAGGAAAAAUCUUAUUUCUGGCACACAGCAAUUACUCCAAGGAAAGUCUACCUAUGAAGUGGCAAUCAAAACACCCGAGAAGAAUAUAGAAGACUCCCAUCCUUCGCCUGAUAUGAAUUGUGUUGCAUACUUCAUCAAAGAGAGAAAUUCAAGGGAAUAUGAAGAAAUGAGACGGAUUUAUUACACUGACCCGGAAACUGUUUUCUUGCUAUUUAUCACCUGUGACAGGCGUUUACCAGAUCUAGCCUUCAAUUGUAAACACAUCGCCAUUAGAUUUAAAGAAUAUGCUAACAAUGUAAGAUGUGAUUUCUAUGAUGGUGACCAGGAGGUUGCUUGGGACAACUUGUUAAGGGAAUGCCCAGGUAUCAAAAAAUAGUCUGAAGUUACUUAUAAUGAAGAAGGAACAGAAGUUUGACAACAAUAAUCGAAUCUGCAGAAUUAUAUCCUGCUCGACGAAGUUGGCAGGGGAUUUUCGUUGAGCAAGGAAUUUUGAGACGGCCCCCAUCCGUCCAUUAGUUACAGGUUAGGUAGAAUUGUGUUGUCAGUAACUCCGAAACUAUUGAUGAUAGAUGUAUUGUAUUAGCAUCAAUAAUGUAUUUGGGGUUGCUCUUCUGAAUGCAGGUUGCAGAUGCUGUAUUUGAUCUACAUUUUCCCUUUAGAACUUGAUUAUUUUUAUGCAUGAUUGUGACAAGUUACAUGUAU